CGUGCGAAAGAGAGGGCGAUGCCAUUAAGCAAAACCAGUUUAACGGGACUCGCACACACAUAACACACACACGCACACUAAGUACAUACAUAUGUAGCGGGUGGGGAGCGAUGGAACGAAGGAAAACGAAGAAGGAAGAAAAGGCGAAGAGAGAGGGCAGGCAAAGUGCCGUUUUAACAGCUUUCGCGGAAAGCCGGCACAAAAACAAUCUAAACAAACCAGAAAGACAAAAAAAAACAAAAACCUGUUUGUCCAGUUUGGCAAACCAAAAGCGGGGAGAAAAAAAAACAAACAAAAAUUUGGGUGAAAUUUUACUUUCGUCUGGUUUUAAUUUGUUUUUUUGCUGGGCGUCAGCAAAACUUCCAUCUCUCUCCCUCUUCCUCCCUCUUCAACACACACAGGCACGCUACAGCAACAACAAAUAAAGAAUGUAGCCGGAAAUUAGUUUCACUUAAAGAUUUUUUAAGUGAAUUUUACUCCAAGUAACUGAUUUUUGUUCAUGACCUGUCGUUUCGUUCAUUAACUUACACAUAUUUAAUGUUUUUUUCUUCUUUCUUAUGUGGCUUUACACUUGUUUUGAUUUUCUAAGGUCACUUUGAAUUCUGAUCGACCGUGAUUUGGGUGUCCUUCAGUUUUCCGAACUCCUGGAAACUUCUGACUACUGCAAUCGUUUUUUGCGCAAUUUGGUUAAUUUUAUCUAAUUUGAUUUUAUUUUGGUUUGAUGUGAAGUGUUUUUUUGUUCCUAGCAGUAUGACCGUGUAAUAAUUCAUGUUUUAUACCAUCCGGCUUAAAAAAAUACUUUCAAUACCACAUAUACCAAUAUACCAAAAACGAUAAGGCAAUAACAUACCAAUUUCUUUAAAUUGCUCAACAAACAUUAGCAUUGUUUUUAAACUCCUAUUUUCAUAAAUGUUCUAAAAGUAUAAGCGUAUUAUUAAUUAAGAAACAUAGCUGUAACUGUUAUAUCCAUUGGUUGGUCUGGCAGCCCCGUUGGGCACUAGGCCUACAAAAAACCCACAUGGCAACGCCCCAAUCAGCUGGAUCUUUUGCCGCCGCGCUCUUCUCUUCGGAAAACGUUGUGAUGCAAUUUUGUUGUUUUCAGGCCUAAAAGUGAAAGUUACCACUGAUAAGGUGCAGUUGAUCGAGACUGCAACGUGAAAUCGGUCUGUGGCGACCCCGAACCGUGUCAGCCAGGCGACGAGGCAACCGCUUGAACCAUCCCCCAAAAGCAUCAGCAGUUCAAUCUGCAUUCCAAAGGGCGGUCGCACAUGGAGCGCAGGGUCAAAGCCGCGCCAGAAAACCAAAACCAAGAUAGCACCAGUCGAUGAGCAGGCAUUGUGGACUGGGCGCGGAGGCCUAACCUCAAAGCACGAACGCAAUCCGCAGCAUCGGCACAAAGAUAAUCCUUGCUGUUCACUUCAUUCCCAUUUUCGAUUCCGAAGGAUUCACAAGAUCCACGGCGGAAUCAUACUAACCGCAGGAUGCACCGUGUCAUGCCGGCAUCCUGGACAAGCGGGGGCAGCCUGCUGCCCUUCCGCGUUUCCACCACCACAAAGGUUCUGCUCUUCUCACUGACCGCUGGCGUGGCUCUGAUGAGCGUACUCUCCCGAUUUCUGCGACGUCGCAAGCCUCCGCGUCCGCCUCGUCGGGCCAGAAAGUACACUGGUCGGCGUAACCGCAACAGCAUGCGCAGUCCGAACGACCUUAUCUCAAUAGCCGGAUCAAAGGCCUCGGCAAGAUCGAGCAGUCCAGUGGGCUCCACACUGGCCUACUCGGAUCGCAUGUCCAUGGCCUCCGGCUCGAUUGGCGUUGUACAAAAUGCCGGUCCUGGCAGCUCGGUAGUCACCCAACUGACGGCCCAACAGUUGGGUAUGAUGGGCAUGGAGGCACUGGACACAGUGAUCAACUUUUGGGAAGAUGCCCUGGCGGCACACUAUUCGCCCGGCGGAUUGCCCGCCCUGUUGACCACGGCGGAGGACUCCGAGUUCUGUCGUGAGAUCCAAAACCUGCUGGAGAUGGCCUAUACACUGCAGGAGCAGAGCGAACUGCUCUUCCUGGAUCAGCGCUCGGUGCUGUUCCGCGAGGAGCAUUCCAUUGACGAGGCCCAAGAGGAGGCGGGCGAGACAGAAGACGAUCGUUGGUCGCGCAAGUCUGGCAGCGUCCUCAGUCGAGCUGGUUCCGAUCCGAACUUUGAUUCCGCGGAAAGCUUUGCUUCCGCUCUCGACCAGGUGGCGGAUCUGCGGGAGUUCGACGGCUUUAUCGAGACCUCGUACGAAGAGUAUCCGUUAUUCCAGAGUGCCCUGAAGCACCACGAUGAGUACACGGUGCCGUGUCGCACCAUUCGGGCGGAGUUGAUGCACUGCAGCACCGAUACCGAAUACCUGGCUAAGCUGCACUGCGUUCGGCUAGCCUUUCAGUUCCUGUUCAAGGAUCCCGCGGUGGGCCAGUGGAUCUGCGAUGCUGGCCGGCAGAUUCUAACCGAUUUGCUUUGUCUGGGCGAUAAGGAUACCAAGGAGUUUCUUGUCGGCUACGAGGACAUGGUGAACUAUCUGCAUGACAGCAACAACUGGCCAUGCAUCCAAGUAGAGCUGGAGCAGCGCAAUGUCAAGGCGAUGACCUUCUACGACAUCUGUUUGGACUUCAUCAUCCUGGAUUCGUUCAAGGAUCUAGAUGCCCCGCCAGCCAGCGUCACAGCGGUGGUCCAAAAUCGCUGGCUAUCCAACGGAUUCAAAGAGACGGCAUUAACCACAGCCGUUUGGUCGGUGCUGAAGGCAAAGAAGCGGAUGCUAAAGUUCCCCAACGGGUUCAUGUCUCACUUUUACGUGAUAUCCGAGCAGAUAUCACCGCUAAUGGCCUGGGGCUUCUUUGGACCCAAUGAGAACCUGCGCGACAUCUGCCACUACUUCCGGGAACAGUUGCUCGCCUUUCUGGGCGACAUCUUCAGCUUCCAAAAGAGCCGCUUCACGACCAUCGAGGAAUUCUCGCAGGAUGUGCUGCAGCACAUGCAGACGCGCGUCAACAACAUUGGCGUGAAGUUUAGCCAGUAAUUGGCGUUAGCCUUCUAUCCAUACUUCUUGGACUCCCCUCUUUAUAUUUUUAACAAAACCGUUUUGUUCGGUAGUUUCCCUAAGAAAUGCAAAUCCAAUUAUUGACUAAUUUUAAUGCCACAUGCAUCCAGCCACACUACACAAAAUCCACGCAUCGUCAUUGUAUGAAUAAGCUGCAUUUAAGUCGCCAAAACAUUUGUAAAAUAAAACUGUUUACCGCUCCGAGCGAAAAUCCA